AUAAUAACCCUGUCAGGCUACCCAUGAGAUACUUUUACUCGACCGAUUUUUCAUUCUUGCAUACUCCUCGACGCUGUUCCAGACAGUGACCGGGGUAGACAGGCGGGGUAGGCGUGUAAAGACAUAAGCCGCCCUCCGCGACCUAUCUCUCCCAUUCGGGCGUCCAAGCGGCCAGGCACGCUUACAGACAAUAGCCGGCCUCGAUCUCACCCAAUAAUUUGCCCCAAACUCGGUCAUGACCACUGACACUUUUCAGCCAAAGGCCAUGUCUGACAUCCCUCCAUCAUCAAUGUCCUCAACGAAGAAGAAGAAGGGCGACGACCCGUCCUUGCCACCAGAUACUGGCGCAAAGCCCAUCCAAUUACAGAGAAGACGAGUCUGGAGAGCAUGUGAAAGCUGCAGGAGAAAGAAGAUCAAGUGCGAUGGCGUCGAGCCCACUUGUUCUCAAUGCGCAUCUUCAAAAUCUCAGUGUACAUGGUUGCAGACAAAAGAUCGCGCAGCGUUGAGCAGACAGUCUAUGUAGUUAUGUGCAAGAACUCGAGGCACGUCUGCUUCAUAUGGAAUCCCUCUUCCAACAAGUGGCCCCAAUCCUUGAGCAAGUUGGCCAGGCUAGCGGAAUCGACAUGUCGAAUCUACCGUCCACCUCUGGGGCACCUCCAGCAGGAACUGUGACACCCAACACACUCUCAAACAUCCUACCCAAGAGGCAAAGUCAGAACGACAGCAACGGCAUCGACGACGCCAUGGGUGCAGAACCUAUGCAACCUAUCAAGGUCGAAGACGAUGUAUCGGAAUCUUUCGGACAGCUUGCGCUCGAUGAACAUGGACAGAUGCGCUGGAUUGGGGGAUCGUCCACUAUGUCUCUCAUCCAAUCCUUCCGUACUAUCACCGCUUCCCCCUUACACCGAGUAUCGCCUAUGGAUGAGGACCCACUUGCACCGGGACCAAGCGUAAACAAGCUCUACUUCCCCGCUUCAGUGUUCUUUGGCAAAGUUCGUGCUCUGCCUCAACCUGAAGAAGUAGAAUACCCUGAACGUGACCUUGCGGACAAACUCGUCGAUGCAUACUUUGCUCGCUUCCAUUUCCUCAUGCCUGUGGUUGAUAAGCCUAGCUUCCUCAGGCGAUAUCAGUAUCUUAUGGACAACAGGGGUGACGUAAAUAUCGCUCGUCGGGAAACCGCUUUCAUGGCACUCGUGUGUGCUGUUUUCGCUUGUGGUGCGAAGUUGGUGGAUGACCCCCGUCUGACAAGAGGCGAGAACCUUGAUGAUGCUGGAAUGGGCAUGGUGUAUUACGAAAGGGCUUUGAUCCUUCAUUACAUCAGUCAUGCAUCGAUACAAGUGGAGCAUGUGCAAUGUUUCUUGCUGAUGUCGUCGUUUUUGUGCUCUGUGAAUUGCCUACCUCAAGCCUGGAUCCUGGUGGGACAGGCAGUUCGUACUGCACAGGAUAUAGGUCUACAUCGAUCCCCACGGAGACUUCUGAUCACUCCGAUUGAGAAAGAAACGCGUCGCAAAGUUUGGUGGGGCGCAUACACUCUGGACCGUAUGCUGGCUCUCGCUUUGGGUCGACCACUUGGUAUCGAGGACUCCGAUUGCGAUGCGGAACUGCCUGUUGAUGUCGACGACGAACAAUUACCGGAGUACUUCGCCGGCGCCACUAUGCCUCCUGGGACGCCAUCCCUCAUGCGUGGGUUCAUCGAACUUUGUUUGUUGUACAAGAUCGCCGGCCGUGUCCUCCGUCAAGUUUAUGCUCUAGAUAAAUGCAAGGAUCACCUAGAACCGGAGAAACGCAACGAGCUGAAUCGUUCUGUAGAGUCCCUUGACAAGGCUCUCACGAAAUGGUGCGACGAUCUGCCCGCAGUUUUCAAGUCAAAUCCCAUGACGGAGAAGCAAGUUUCUAUGGGUGCCGUAUUAUGCAGUCACUAUUAUUCCAUCCUGACCACUCUUCAUCGUAAUUUCCUACCGGUGAAGAGAGAUCAGCCCGUUUGGCCUCGUUCGACUGCCAAAGCUGUUUCUACUGCGCGCGCGUGCAUACGAUUGGCACCCUCCAUCAAGAACGUGGUCCCUCCGAGUCACCAUCUCGCCUUCUUCAUUCAAAAUCUGUUCAGCUCUGCUGUCGUGAUUCUAUUGUAUGCUAUGCACACGACCGACAUGGGAGCGUCUCAAGCUGCAAUGGAGGAAUCACGGAGCUGCCUGGCUGUCUUGGAAUCUUGGGAAGGUCAUUGGCCUGGGGCACGCAAGUGCAAAGACCUGCUUGAAGACUUGAUGGGAACUGCCACUGAAGCAAUUAAGGCAGUCACCACUAGUCAGAUGCAAACCAAUUCUUCGACAAGCCCAAACCUUCCGCCACCAUCGUCGGUACUUUCGGACCGACGAAUGUCUACACCUAUCUCAGUUCCAGUUUCGGAGAGGACGCUUAAAUCACGUCCCAGACAUAGGUCUCGGGAUGCUCGUAUUUCACCUCGUCAAGCGCCUUUGUACCGUCAUGACCCUCUUAGCCAACGAGCUAGGUCUACCUCCCGGAAACGACCCCUGGAUGAAACCGAUUUACAUGAAUUCAAUCCAUCCCUGGCUAGCGUCCUAUCCAGUUCCUAUCCUGGGCGAUCGUCGCUCAGCGCUCAUAGCUCUCCUGUAUCAGCAAACAGUCAUCCUUCACCGCCCACCACUGUAUUGGAGCACCCAUUGGAGUCAAGUCCGCAUGUGAUGUCUGCAAAUUCAUUCGGAAUGGGUCUCCCGCAGUCACCGACCAUUGGCGUUCCGCCAUCUCACUUCGAGUACGAUUUCGGCCUGUCACAAAGUCCACCAACAGAUGGUCGUUGGAACGGACAAGCUGAUCCGAAUAUCGCGUCGACGUCGCAGCAGGGUAACCUUGGGGGAUAUCCAAGCAACACCGGCUUCUCUCCUACGAACCCCACGAUCGAUACUUCGUACCUGACAACAUAUGGUGGCCCUGAUCUUAAUGUUAAUCUGUCAGGUCUGUCGACUACGCCGCCUUCAGCAGGGUUCGCGGGGCCCGGGCUGCCAUUCCGUGGGCUGGAUUAUAUACGUAAUUAUAAUCCAGCGGGCCCUAGUGGGUAUUCGUUGGGAGGGAAUGAUCUCAAUCAGGAUGCGUUGUGGCAGACGUUUGAUCCUGGAGCGUUUGGAUAUGAUCCCGAGAUUCCGUUCACGUUGGGGGAUUUCGCUUUGGAUGAACAGGAUGGGGGCCAGCAGCAACAGUGGUCGACAGGCCAGUAGUAUGAAGCUGUGAAGACUUCAUUUCAUAUGCGGUUUUUAUGUGGUGCUUUUAUCUCUCAAUUUUUCAACAUGGACUUUCACUGUUUUUGCUUUAACGUAUUUACUCAUGUGUCCGUUCUGUAUCGAUAUUGCCUUUGCCCUUGCUUAGUGUAACAAUGAAAUAAUGAAUCUUUCUACGAAUUCGAUUCGAUCCCUUCACUUUGAAUAUGCUUGCGACC